UACCCCAUUCCAAAAAUAUCUGCAAACACACAGAACCAAGAAAACCACCUACAACCGGCUAUUACCAGUCACCAUCCGGUCACAACAAAACCCUACUAUACAAUUACAACCUAUACACACCAAACCAACAAUAGCAACAUAAGCUUCUUCCUUUCAUACUUUCCACUUUGUUUCCUUGUUCCUAAGAAACAACAAUCUGCACUCUUUCUCAGACUCUUGUGUGUUUUUUUGUGUGCAUCAAAUUCUCAAUCACUUUGACGUAUCCAUUUUUUUUCUGUCAUCAUAAUAUUAAACUUAACAUCACCAUUAAUUAUUAUACCUUCUUUCUUUUUUUGUCACUUCCAUCACUUCAAUCCAGCAAACUUUUAUUUCUUUUACUCUUUCUUUUAUAUUUAUUUUUCUCUAUCAUCUAUGGCUAGUGAUGAGGGUUUUGAAGGUUACCAUGUCCCACAACAAAGUAGAAGAGAUAAGCUUAGAGUUGUUGUGGCUCAAAACCAACUACCUCAUGACCCUUUACUUCCUUUCUACGAUUCAUCUUUCAUUACUAGCUUCUCUAACCAACAUGUUUUGAAACCAACUUCAUGUUCUUCUUCUAAUAAUAAUUCUAUGAAAGAUUUAGAAUGUUCUAACUUCAUGAUGCGGUUUUCAAGAGAAGAAGGUAAAAGGGUUAUUAUGAAUAGUAAUAAUAAUAAUAACAAUAAUAAUAUUUCUUCUUCUCCUUCUUCUUCUAAUCAUCCUUAUUAUGAAAGUUUGAAUCAUAGUAAUAAUAACCCUUUUCUCUACCAAGCACAAAACAUUCAGAACAGUAGUACUAUGAUGUUGAACCAUGAGCCUUUGUCUUUGUCACUUUCAUCUAAUAAAAGUGUUGGUGAUAAUAAUUUGCCUUUGGAGUUGAAUCUUCAAAGAUAUGGAUCUGUGAUUUAUGGUGGUGGAGGUGUGAUUCAAGGGCUGGUUGAAGGUGGUGGUGGUGGUGGUGGUUCAGUUCCAUUUACUGGCUAUGCUUCUGUUUUGAAGGAUUCUAGGUUUUUGAAACCGGCUCAAGAAUUGUUGGAAGAGAUGUGUGAUGUUGGAGGAAGAAAUGUUUGUGGUGAAAAGGUUGUGGUUAUGGCUGAUUCAUCUAUGAUGAUGGAAUCUCCUUUGGAAAGAUUGAGUGAAGAAGAAGAUCCAUUUGGCGAUGGUAGAAAUAAAUCAAGACUCUUAACUAUGCUUGAUGAGGUAUACAAGAGGUAUAGACAAUACUACCAGCAAAUGCAAUCGGUAGUUACGUCGUUCGAGUACGUUUCAGGUCUCAACAAUGCAGCUCCGUAUGCAAGUUUGGCGAUAAAAGCAAUGUCGAAACAUUUUAGAUGCUUGAAGAAGGCAAUAACUGACCAACUUCAGUCCAAUAAUAAGGCUCAUUUUCACUCGAGUAACAGAAGGGAUGAAUCUCCGAGAUUUGGAAAUAACGAACGAGGAGGUCCGUAUGGCCACAGGUCAGGUUAUCUUGAGCAGCAACAACAACCUGUUUGGCGACCUCAAAGAGGUCUCCCCGAACGCGCUGUCACUGUUCUUAGAGCUUGGCUGUUUGAACACUUUCUGCAUCCCUAUCCGACCGAUACGGACAAGAUAAUGUUAGCUAAACAAACCGGUCUAUCGCGUAGUCAGGUAUCAAAUUGGUUCAUAAAUGCAAGAGUAAGGCUUUGGAAACCAAUGGUGGAAGAAAUACACAUGCUAGAAACAAGACAAACAGCUCCAAAAGAUUCACAACAAAAGGAAGAAAACUCUAGGAACAAAUCAAACGAUCAACAACACCAUUUGCCUUCAGAUACUUCUCUACAUUCGGAGAAUCCGUCUACCUCAACUAGCAAGUUUCACGACGCAUCAUCUUACAAGCGCGUCGUAAACGAGAUUCCAAACAUGCCAAGUAGGACUCAAGGACAACAACAUCAACAACCACAACAACAACAAAUGAAUCUACCGUUUCAACAAGUAGGUGUUGGAGUGAACAUGGGAAGUGGAAGCAGCAGCAACAACAAUAAUAAUAGUAAUAGUAAUGUGUCAUUGACACUAGGACUUUAUCAAAAUCAUGGAAUUGGUUUAGCUGAACCAUUUCCAUUAAGUGCUGCUCAACGUUUUGGUCUUGGUCUUGAAACCAAUAAUGAAGGUAAUUAUGUUAUGAGUGGUUUUGAAUCACAAAAUAGGCAUUUUGGAGGGCAAAUGUUUCAUGAUUUUGUAGGAUGAAGAUUUUUUUUCUCUCAAUAUAAUUAUAACUUGUAUGUACUUUUUAUUUUGAUUGUGGAGUGAUAUAUUAUUUACUAA